AUGUAUGUACAGCACGCAGGUGAGGCGGUUAAAGCUAAAGCCGAUCAAAGUUGGGAUUCAUUCCCAGUGAGAAAUAACAAUGGAAUCGUGGAAAUGAUCUCGAUUCAACGUCGAAAUCAUCGAAUUGACGUCAAAUCGACGUCAAAACACCAUCUAACAAUCUCCGUUUCAAGUAAACUAUGUGCCGAUUUUGAUCUUGAAAUGCAGCAAAAAUAUCAGCUGUUCAUGAACAAGAUAAAGCUUUUCGUUCAAACCUAUGGUAACAAUCCUAUAAAAAAUUGUCUCGGCUCUUCUUUUAUGGUUACUCAAAGUGGAGAAAAAUGUAUAUGGGCUAACCGAGUCGGAAUAAAAGAUACAAAUGUAAAAAGAUGUUCUACUAAGAUAAGUCAUUCGCCUGAUGAGAUUGAUUGGACCAAUACACGCAUUGUACAAUCGGCCGCAUGUAACGAUGAUAGUAUUCUCCUUUUAGCUGGUAAAAUACAGUUAUAUCACUUUUGCAUAAGCUGCAAUGAGUCGCAGAUUUUUCUCAGCAUGAGAACAAUUGAUACUGCAGAUUUAGACUAUAAAAUCAGUGGCAUUGCUUGCGGCAGAUCUUCUUUUGUAUUUAUUACUUGUGUAGGCGAAAUAUACCAGUGUAUUGAUUAUGAUACUAGUACCGACUUUCAUGAAAUGUUGAUGAAACCACAUAAACUGCUUUCUCUCUCACAUGAAAUAAUAGUUAAGGUAGUCGCAGGAUUUGAUCAUACACUUGCACUCACUGAUAAAGGAAAGGUUUAUGGCUGGGGUGUAAACACGUAUGGACAAUUGAACUUUAGUAGUAGAAAAUGCAGAAAAGCACGACACGUAAAGUCUCCUUCCAAGAUAAAUUUACCUGAUGUAAGAAAAGUGUCAGAUAUCGCCGCCGUGAAAUUUAUGACCGCUGUCAAAUCUAGCGACAAUGGACUUGUCUACAUACAGGGUUGUUUACAUGGAAAAAAAAUUAGGCGUUUGGCUGUCUGUGAAUAUACAAACAUAUUUGACGUAUACAACUCAUCAACUCAUUCACUAAUAAAAGAUCGUACAUAUACAGAUGAAGAGUUUAAUAUGUUGAAUGAUUUAAGAAAUGCGUUCAAUGAUUGUGUCACAAGCGAUCUUACAAUAAAAGUCGAGGGACAAUCUAUUUACGUUCACAAGACCAUUCUGAAGAUGCGUUCUGCAUAUUUCAAAAACAUGUUCGAGUUUAAUGGGGUGGAAAGCAGACAAAGGAUUAUCAAAUAUAAUGAUUAUCCAUAUAAUGUGUAUAAAGCUUUUUUUGAGUUUCUCUACACAGGCUGGGUCCCUUUGGAACUCGCAACAGAGCUCUUGACGUUAUCUGAUAAGUUCUGCAUGAUAAACCUUGAGAAAAAAUGCAUUAAAAAACUAAAAAAGGAUAUGGAUUCAUUAGACGUAUCCUCUAUCAAGAAAAUGGCAAUAAUGUAUAAUAAGAAGGAAUUGGAAGAAUACUGUCAUUUCUAUGAAUUAAAAAACGCAUUUAAUCCUAUGGAGAUGUUCUCUUGA